GAGUCGUCACUGCGCACUGGUCAGCUGUCAGGUGUUGUUAGUCCUGCGUUGGUGGCGUGGAGAGUGGAGAGGCAUUGUCAGGUCUCCUUCAGUAAAAAUAACUCACGAGAAGAAAACCGAAAUCAAAUCAAGAAAAAAAAACUGAAAUACAUAAGAACUACAGUUAAAGCCGGAAGAAUGAAGAAGCAAAAAUUAAAGGCAGCCUGCAUGAUAAUCCUGGCCUGUGCUGCUGCCCUCUUCCUGUGGACCACGAUGCUGGCUUUACAUGUGCGCCCACGUAAUAGGCACCCGAGGAGAGAAUCACUUCGUUUUGACUUCUUUCAACGACUUCUGGAGGAAAGAGAAAAGGCCUUUAACUUGUCCCCCCAGCAGGUGCAGGAUGAGUAUGCAGAGAGACCUCAGAUGUGGGUACUGGUGGGCUCCACGGCCCGCAGCGGCACCAGCCUCAUCGGUGAACUUAUGUCCAAAACCAAACCUUCCAUUUAUUUCUUUGAACCGGAGCUGUUUGUACGGGCAUCCAGCGGAAAUUUGGUGAUGAAAGAAAAUGGGAUGCCGUUCUUGGAAGCGGUGGGCGAGUGUCGCUUCGACGAGGCCUUCAUCGAGUGGCUACACACGCGUAGUAAGGGAAACGUGGUGCGCCACAAAAUGACUGGCAGGUGCCGUACAUCUACCCAGUGCUUCACUAUGGACACCUUGACUGAGGCGUGUCGCUCCGAGCACCUGAGGAUUAUGAAGGUCAUCCGAUUCCGUAUCAGAUGGAUGCGAGAACUGCUGAGUAGUUCUAAAUUUGACUUCAAACUUGUGCAUCUCAUCCGCGACCCCCGGGCCUCAUUACGAUCAAUGUACUCACACCACCUCACCAAGCUGCAGCCUGAUUAUUACUGCCCACUGAUCGAGGACGACCUGAACCAGAUCAAAGAACUAGAGAGCGAGUUUCCUGGCCAAGUUCUGAAACUUAAGUACGAAAGUUUCUGCCUAGACCCAGAAGGCCAGUCAUCCAAGUUAUGGCGGUUCCUAUCUGGCAACCAAACAGCUUCCCUCCCUCCUGAAUGGACAGCGUUCCUUGAAAAGCAUACGCACAAAAAAAGUAACCAUAUAGAUCCCGUCUACGGCACGGUGAGGGACACGAGAGACGAGUACCUGGCGUGGCGGUGGGAGAUACACGAGGACCUGUUGGCAGACGUGGAAAAGUAUUGCGCCUCUGCCAUCCACAACCUCGGCUACAAUUUAUUUGGGACGAUAGAUGUUGCCAGAAACAAGUCGGUGCCUUUAUUUCUUGAAGAUUUGUAGUAGUGUUUAUGUACAGUAAUUAUUAAAGGUAUUUUUUGGAAA